UGUUUUAUAUUUGCAAAAUGAUGGAAAACACUGAUCAACAGCUACAACAACGUCAGCUGCAGCUGCAACAACAACAGCAACACUCGUUAAUCGGUCUGCCGCCACUGCCAAAAAGUCUGAGCGCCGCUGCUGCUACCAUUGGAUCGGAUUUGGCGAGCGGCCACGCACAGAGCCAGGUGCACGGGCAGUCGCAGCUGCGCUCGCACACCUCCUCUCCGCUGCAGCUGCAGUCGGCCACAUCUGUUGCCGCUCUAACCGCUGCAACGGGCGAUCUGUACCUGGGGCCAUCCACCUCGUCGGCGGCGCGCAAUCGCAAUUAUAAUGGCCAUGGGCGACAUGGCAGCCUAUCCUCCACCCAGGAGUCGCUCAGCGAUCGAGAGAGCGUGCACAGUCGCGCAUCGUCCACUCAUAGUGCGAGUGGCAGUACCGCCCAGCAGCAGCAGCACACGCCCACCAACAGCAGCAGCAACGCUUCCAGCACCAUUGACAACCAGCUGGCGAUAUUGCGCCGGGAGAUGUAUGGACUGCGGCAGUUGGACUUGUCGCUGCUGUCGCAGCUGUGGGCGCUGAAUGAAUCCAUUCAGGGCUUUCGUGUGUUUCUGCAGGAACAGGAUGCGCUGUCGCCGCCGUCCCGCUCGCGCACGCCAUCCGAUGCCAACUCGCUGUCCUCUGACGAGGAUGACGGCUCCUAUGCACCGCUCGCUGUGCCCAAGCUGAAUGUGCCACCGGCAAGCAUUGCUGCGCUCUCCUCGCCAGCGGCCAGCGGGAGUUUGCCCACCAAAUUGGCGACGGGUUCGACGACAUCGCAUGCAUCGACCAGCUCCACAUCUGGGGCGUCCGGCUCAUCGUCGGCAGCGUCUUCUAUGGGCAAGCACCACCAUCAUCAGCAGCAACAGCAGCAGCAGCAACAACAGAUGCCUCACUAUCAUCAUCAGCAUCGAUCCGCACCCCCACCUGCGCCGCCCGCCCAGCACAAGGCGCAUCCGCAGUUGCCGCGCAUACUGCAGCAACGCAUGCGGCAUGCCCCGCCUCCGCCGCCACCCACGCGGCCCAAAGGCGGCGGCGCCAGCAGCAGCAGCAGCAAUCACAGCAUCAGCAGUGUCUCACAGCAGCAGCAGCACCACCAACAACAACAGCAUCAGCAGCUGCUGCAUCAGAGUUCGCAGCAUCAGAGGCCCGUAUGACAAAACCCGUUCUUGGACUAAGCAAUGCCUGGUCCAAGAACGCCAGUUGAUCGUAGAUACCAAUAAAAAGCAACAAACAAUAAA